GCGGCCGGGAGCGGGCUCGGUUCCGCCGCUCCGCCCGCCACCAUGUCCCUGUGCCGGGCCGCCUCGCAGGCGCUGGCCUCCCGCCUGAGCAGGGCUCCGGCCGCCGCCGGCCGCCUCAAGCAGCGCGCACCUCCUCGCCAGAUGUCAUCUGGGAGAGUUCCUGGCUCCUCUGGAGACAGCAUGAUCAUCUAUCUCCUCGCUGGCGUGGCUGCUUUUGGUGGUUUGUUUUAUGCCUACAGAGUAGUCAAUUCAUCCCGCAGCAAGGUUACCGAACAUGCAAGCACCCUUCACGAGAGAGCCGAGGGCUGGAAAAGCCAUCCUUGGCCCAGGAAGGGUGAUGAAGAAGAGGCAGAUGAAGUCACCGAAGCACAGAAGGCCGGGGCAGAGGCUGACGCAGCAGCUGCUGUUGAACCUGCAGCGCAGGACGAGAGUGCUGGACCCACAGCACAGGAUGAGACUUCUGGGGUAUCCCCAGGAGCUAGAGGGGAGGAUGACUUACAGGCUCCAGAGGCACCCCAGGCUGUGGAGGAAGCACAGCAGGAAGCUGCUGCUGAUUCAGAAGCUGCUGCUAAUUUGGAACUUGCUGCCGAUUCAGAAGCUGCUGCAGUCCAAGUUUCUGAGGAGGAGAAGACAACUGAAGAAGUUGCUGAAGAGCCCUAAAGGUACACAGUACAGUUGCAGCCUGUGGUUUUCUGCUCUUCACCUAUCUUUUGUUCUCAGUUAGUGGCAAUUGCAGCAUGUGUAAGCAGCGCGGACGCCUUUGUAAAGUUUAAUGCAAACAUCUGUGGCAAUCAACCAGCUGAUUCCUGUGUGAAACCUCAUACUCUUCCUUGAAGACAUAAAAGAAACCGUGCAGUUUGUCCUACCACACACUGGUUAUUACAGCCAGUAUUCAGUGCUGCAAGAGAUGAUUUACGUUGCCUAGAGAAACGCUCCUGUGAUUAACAUCUCUGCUGUAGAAAGUAGCAUCCAGUCAAGCCACUCAGCAUGUCCUAAACACAUGUGCUAGGAGAAGCACUAGACUUAACCAAACCACGCCAGCUGAACUCCUUCUAUGUCUUUGUUGUAUUGUUAUGUGCAUUGGUUUCUUACUUUUGGUCCAAACUGUUGCGCAGUUAUACCUUUGUAACAUUCCCUGCUAAAGUGUAAGCAAAAAUCAAGUCAAAAUAUUAUAAAAGUACCUGUUAGCAUCUUUAAAUUGUAUCACAGGUUAAAUAGCAACGUGUUUGCUCCUGAGUUUGGAUUUGUGAUUGUAAGCAUAGGACAUCUGGCUGCACAUGAUCUGAUUUUCCCCCUGCAUAAAUAUUUCAGAUGCUACCAUUCCUUGCACAAUAACAUCCAGGAAUAAACGAUUUAAGGCUCCUGCUUUAGGAAGAAAACCUGUUUGCAAGUAGCAGCAGUAGGUACUUUAUAGCACGACAAUCAAAAUAGCACUGGUUGGAGUUGUCACCAUGUAUCAAAGUGGUGGCUCCUGCCUUGGGUGUGCAGAGCUCCUCCCAAAUCUCAUCCCGCUUGCUGUGAUAUUUCUGCAUUGCCCUGUCUUGGCAGUGGCAAAAUCCUUGUGAAGCGCUAUGGAACAGGUGUUCAAUUGGACAGGCAUUCUUAGGGACUAAGAAAGAACCAAACAGCUAAAUAACCUUGUUUUCUCAGUAUUAGCUUCAUAAAAAAUGCAUUUAUUACGAACAGCAUGUUUGUACGGCACUGUGCUCCCAGCCCUCCGCUGUGCCACGUGCACGAGCGUGCAUCCAAGACAAAAUACUGAGACCCCAUUGCAGCCAUCACAGAACGGGAAUGAUCCUAAACCAGAGCCAAAUAAGGUAUAUUGUGUGCUAUUUAUAUAGGAAGUGUGUUUCAUGAGGUGUGUCUGACUCUGUUCAAGCAGAAGUUUGGAAAAUGUUGAAAGGGAAAUUAUGACAUUCCUACCCGUGGAUGCGUGCUCCUUCCCCCAUCAUAAAGCAACUUAUAAUAGUGUUCCAACAAAAUUAUAGCCUGUUGCUCCUGGACCUGCUUAGGAAUAACUGGAAUAAUGCAGAGGCUCCUGAGCUUCAAGAAGACAAACCACAGCCUUCUGCUUAAAGGACAAAGCCUCUGUGAUUAAAAGCAAUUUUUGUAGACAAAGCUACUGGAAUAAAGAUCGUAGACUGAU